CCCAUAAAAAAUUUUCCAUCAUUUUCUCGGGAAAAAAAAAAAGAGCCUCCACAGGAGAACUAACCCAAACAGAAUCUGGGUUUAUAUUUCCGUUUUCGAAUUGCAAAAUGUCGACUGGAUUGGGGAAAUGCAGCAAAAUCCGCUACAUUGUGAGGCUCAGACAGAUGCUGCGGCGGUGGAGGAACAAAGCACGGAUGUCGGCCAGCCGGAUACCGUCCGAUGUACCUGCGGGUUACGUGGCUGUCUGUGUAGGCACCAGCUGCAGGAGGUUCGUGGUGCGGGCGACGUACCUGAACCACCCCGUUUUCAAGAACCUGUUAAUCCAGGCGGAGGAAGAGUAUGGGUUCAACAACCAGGGACCCUUGGCGAUCCCGUGCGACGAGUCAGUGUUCGAAGAAGCGAUCUGGUUCAUUUCCCGGUCCGAGUCGGGUCGUGGAAACAGGUUCCUCAGCCUGGAUAACUUCAAAGGAAAUUGCCACGCCGGAGUCCGUACUAAGCUUGAUUUAUGGAAGGAAUCCCGACCACUUCUUCAUAGUUUCGCCGACAGAACAAUCUGGUAAGAGAAAACAUGCUGCGAUUCUGACCCGGGGUUCGACUCGGUUCGAGACUGGUAGCGAGUUAUUGACUCGGCUGAGUUACCGGAAAUGAGGAAUUUUAUUAAGUAAUUUUUUCGGAGAUUUUUAGUUUUUCUUUUUAUUUUUAUUUUUUGGGACAGUCAAUUGGAUGAGAGGAGGACUGGUCAGAGGAGUAAAAAAAAAAAAAAAAACUACUUUUAUGUCAAUAAUUUAGCUGAAUGCUCUCAUGGCCUCUUCAUUUUUUUUUUUUUUUUAACUUUAGUGGAGUUAAGUGGAUGGGAUUUUAUUUUAUUUUCGGGAAAAUUUUUUUUUAUAAUAAUUAAGUGGAUGGGAUUUUAUUUUAUUUUCGGGAAAAUUUUUUUUUAUAAUAAUUAAGUGGAUGGGAUUUUAUUUUAUUUUCGGGAAAAUAUUUUUAUAAUAAUUAGGUAAAAGGAGAUGGGAAUUUAUGUAAUUUAGCUCCGGAGAAUGCAUGGAGAUGGCAUAAAUGGUGGGGUUGAGUUUAUCCACCGAGUCAUCCCGGGUUCGAAUUGGAGUGGAAGCACGAGGAUUUCAGCUACUAAAACUGAAGAAGAAGAAGAAGAAGGAGGGAGAAGAAAGAAAUGAGAAAGAGAAAAUCAAAGUGAUUUUUACUCAAUGACUGUUGUAAAUUAUGUGAUUUGAUUCAUGAAGAUUCAUGAUUUUCCAUUAUCUCUCAUAAUAGUCCUCCUUUUUUUCUUUUUUUCUUUUUUUUUUUUAUUAAGGGUAAAUGAUGGGAUAUAUUUUGUUUCCGAUUUUUCAAUUGUGAACAGUACGCUACAAUCAUGUUGUUGGUCGUUUUGGGAGUUAGUUGGCACUAUGCCAUGUGCAAGCAAGUGUUCCUCUCAUUGGCCAUUUGCACUGUCUAUGUUGCUCCCCAAUAUUUUAGUUUGUGCAAAAUUGUAAAUGAGUGCUCAUUAUUAUUAAGGUAUGUACGCAUGCUGGAAAUUCAAUU